CCUCCUCCCGGCCGCCCCCGGCAGGUGUCCACCUAGAGCCGGCGCAGGCCAGGCCGGGGAGCCGCGGAGACUGGGCCCCACGCAGCGCGGAGGAGCAGGCCCGGUUGGCAGGCGGCCGCCUCCGCCAUGAACCCCAGGGGUCUGUUCCAGGACUUCAACCCCAGUAAGUUCCUCAUCUAUGCCUGCCUGCUGCUCUUCGCGGUGCUGCUGCCCCUCCGCCUGGACGGCGUCCUCCAGUGGAGCUACUGGGCCGUCUUCGCCCCCAUAUGGCUCUGGAAGCUCCUCGUCAUCACGGGUGCCUCUGUGGGCGCGGGCGUUUGGGCGCGCAACCCUCGCUACCGCACCGAAGGGGAGGCUUGCGUGGAGUUCAAAGCCAUGCUGAUUGCCGUCGGCAUCCACCUGCUGCUGCUCAUGUUCGAAGUCCUGGUCUGCGACAGGGUGGAGAGGGGGACCCACUUCUGGCUGCUUGUCUUCAUGCCACUCUUCUUCGUGUCCCCCGUGUCCGUGGCCGCCUGCGUCUGGGGCUUCCGACAUGACAGGUCGCUUGAGCUGGAAAUCCUGUGCUCGGUCAACAUCCUGCAGUUCAUCUUCAUCGCCCUGCGGUUGGACAGGAUUAUUCACUGGCCGUGGCUGGUGGUGUUCGUGCCUCUGUGGAUCCUCAUGUCGUUCCUCUGUCUGGUCGUCCUCUAUUACAUCGUCUGGUCCCUCCUAUUCCUGAGGUCCCUGGAUGUGGUCGCCGAACAGCGAAGAACACACGUGACCAUGGCCGUCAGCUGGAUAAUGAUCGUUGUGCCCCUGCUCACUUUUGAGGUCCUGCUGGUUCACAGACUGGACGGCCACAACACAUUCUCUUACAUCUCCAUCUUCGUCCCGCUUUGGCUUUCAUUAAUAACUUUAAUGGCCACAACAUUUAGGCGAAAGGGGGGCAACCAUUGGUGGUUUGGUAUUCGUAGAGAUUUCUGUCAGUUUCUGCUUGAAAUUUUCCCAUUUUUAAGGGAAUAUGGGAACAUUUCGUAUGAUCUCCAUCAUGAAGACAGUGAAGAUGCCGAAGAAACCUCUGUUCCAGAAGCUCCAAAAAUUGCUCCAAUGUUUGGAAAGAAGGCCAGGGUAGUUGUAACCCAGAGCCCUGGAAAAUAUGUUCCCCCACCCCCUAAGUUAAAUAUUGAUAUGCCAGAUUAAACUCCUUGUAAAGAGGGCUCACCAACACACACACAGACACCACCCUGCUUUUUGCCUCUUUGUUCAUUCCAAACCUGGAACUGGAAGUGUGCUCCGGGCACCUCAUCUCAUGCCUUGUUUGAGGUUGAUGCCUGUCAGUGACUCAUCAAUAUGCCCCAUAGAUACAGAAGGUUAAUAAUGUGAUUGUGUGUGAUGUGUAUGUGUGUGAGAGAACUUGCAUUCCAGGUUGGUGCUUUCAGACCUACCUGGGGGCAGUAAGUUGAAUUGUUUUAGUAGGUCCUCAAAAGGAGUAACUACGCAGCUUUUUUUUUUUUUAAGUGCUACUAUACCUAUCAAAAGUGUUGUUUAAAAAAGUAUUUUUAUACACCGCUAGUCUACAAUUGCAUUUCAGAUCGUACCUGUUCAACAUAGCAAAUGUAAAGAAUUUUCUUUCCCACCACUUGUUUAUCCAUUGUGUACUUACUUUUAGUGUUCCUACUGUUAAAAUAGUUUUUCUUUGGGCUUUGCUGAUACUGGUCUUUAAAAUUCUAAGGUGAAUUUUCCUAAUGGAGCGAAUCCAUGCAUAUAUAGUAUUUAUAUGAAUAUUUUGGCAGAGUGACAUGUUGAAUUCUCGUUCCCUGCAGCAUAAUGUAUUACGUUAAAGUAUUUUUUUAAGUUUAUAUGUGAAGAUAUAUGUCUGUUGCCGAUGUUCUUAAAGACUUCAUAAAAUGGUAAUCUGUA